AUUUAAAACUAAUUAUCAUUUUAAGUACUACUAUUUUCUUUGUACCUAGUAGCUUUUUUGUUUCUUAUUUAGUUAGGUAUCAUUAUGACAAGAACUUCAAUCCGGAUAGUGAAGUGUUGAUUGAUUUAUAUGAAACCUUUCAAAGAAUGGUUCCGGAUACAAGGACAAGAGUUAUAAUGGAUCAACAACUUGAAAAACUCAAGGGAGCUAAGGAGAUUUUUGGAAUGGACAUGGUAUCCCUAUAAUUUUUAAACUUUAUAAAUAUCAUAAAGAUAAUAAUUAAUAAUAACUUUGUAAACUAACUACAUUUUUUUUAUAGCUCUUUGGUGGGAGAGUUAUGGUGGAAGAGGUAAAGAGUUACAAAAGGUGUCCAGGAAAAUUUUGAGUCUCACAUGUAACACCAUGGGAUGCAAGAGGAAUUGAAGUACAUUUGACCAAGUGCAUACUAAGAGAAGAAAUCGAUUGGAGCAACAAAGAUUAAAUGCACUUGUAUGUGUUAAAUAUAAUCUCUAACUUGAGAUGAGGCAAAAUAGUAGAGAAGAGAAUGGGAAUAACUAUGAUCCCAUAUACUUGUCGGAUAUUGAAUCCGUUGAUGAGUGGAUCACCGAAAAGGAUAAUCGUUGCUUGCCUAUUGAUGCCUCAUGGAUGGAUGUAUAUGAGUGCUUUGGUGUUGAUGAAGGAGCUCCAAACAAGAAAAGGAAGAGAGGUCCAAGGAACUUGAAUGCCAAGCCUGAUAAGGAAAAAUCAAUAAUAGAAUAUGAGGAAGAAAUUGAAGAUAAUGAAGGAGAAGAACUUUUAAUAUUGGAAGAUGAAGAUGACUUUAGUAAUGUAGAUCUUAGGAUUGGGGAUGAUGAAUGA